CACUCCGGAAGCAUGCCACACAACCACAUAUGGUAUGCGGUAUAAAUUCUAACGCCCCUGGAGCAUGCGACACGGCCAGAUAUGCUAUGUGACAAGACUCCAACCACCCCUGAAGCAUAUGACACAACCACAAAUGAUACGCGACACGACGUCCCUUCUCACCCUAGACCAUACCCGCACAGACGACACGGCCCUGAAUGGUAUACGACAAGAAAGGAAGGCGCAAGGCUCCCAAGCUCUUCCACGUGUACUAUGCGUCAUACCAAUCCGCACCUCUACAAAAAACCUCCCUCCCCUCCCCCUCCCUUCACCUCUUCCUUCCAUCCGCGGCUUCCAACGAAAUCCUUCGCAGUGGGCAACAAAAUCGAGGGCCAAAGGUCGUAACAAAGGGGAGACGAAGGAUUUCUCAAACUUUCAAACGACAGAAGAGAAAAGAAAAGAAAAGCUCUUGAAAGAACACCCCUAUUCCAGUAUAGGCCGCUGCUGGCAAGACUUUUCGCCUAGUUGCUUGUUUUCUACAUGUAUUGGGUUGGGUUACACAUGUGGGAAUGCAAAGUGCUAAAGUUAGUUUUUGGAACAUUGGGUUGGAGGGCUUUUUUUUUGCUCUCUGGCCAUUGUGUCGCUCGUAUUGCACUACCUCGGGCUGAUGCGAAGAUUGAUCUUUUUUUCGUUGAGAUGACUGGUUUAAGG